AUGUACUCGUACGUAGAGUCAGAGUAUUGGGAAGACGCACACGGGUUCUUUGAGCGAGACAUCAACGUGUUCAGUCGAAGCCUGAAGGAUCGGUCACAGUUGGGGGCUGGCGGGAUCAGUGGCACGUCGAAUGGCAAUAUAUUCGCACGCGAGGAAAUAGGUAAGGAGGACGUUGGUGCGACGGGUGGGGUGAAUAGUGCCAUGCUGGGAGGCACUGAUUUCUCACCUGAGAGAAUAGGCAAUGAAGAUGCUGUGGGGAUUGCGUGGCGGGAGUUGGCGGUAGAGACGAAGAAAGCGUACAUUCAGUCGUUACUUGACCGUUUGUGCGAUGGCAAUCGAAAGGUGUGUACCGAUGCUCUCGGUGCGCUGCAGUAUCUGUGCCAGGGUAACUAUGGUAACCGGUGCGAGGCUGUGCGUAAGGAUGUUGGCCCAGACGGUGUGGUGGAGGCACGAAAACGGAAUGAACAGGCGGUCUUGGCAGAGUUGAAAGCGAAUGCCAAGGUGGGAGGACUAAGCACCACUCUCAAAGGUGCAGCAGCCAAGAAAGGCUGGCUGAGAACUUCCCAAUUUUCCCCCGAAGUUUAUACCCAUCCCUUGUUAUUCUCAUUGGACACCAUCUCGCAUGUCAUGUGGUGCCUAUGCCAGCAACUGAAGGAUAGGCUCCAAAGCCAGACUUCACAUAAUCCCGGAUCACCCCCACACAGCCGAAAACAGUCACAUACACAAUCCCAGGAAACACACGGUCCAAAAGCUACCAAGGAAUCUAGGAGGAGUAUUGGUAGUAAGGCUGGCGUGAGAAAGGGACUGGGUGGGCUGGGCAUGCGGCGAGGCCUGAAUGUGGUGUGUACCAUUGUGCUUGUGCACACGUACGAGUGCGACACAGACACACGCCGAAGGUUCAGGGCCUACUUGGAGAGUCCCAUGUCCUUCUCUCGCGACUGUUUGCUGAUGAGUGUAUACAGUCUGGUGCUCCAGUUCGGGCAGCCGGCGGUAACUCAUCUACCCAUUAAUAAGCUGCUGCUUCUGCUUAAGACUGUGCUGGAUGCGUUGGUGGAUGGCCGGGGUGUGGAAGGCCAGGAAACACAGUACAAUGCACACGCACGAGAACUCGCGCACGAAGAUGUGUGUACGUGCACACCACAUGAGAGUGUGCAGGAGGAAAACUCUGAAUCUGGAGCUGUACACACAAAACCCCCAACGGAAACACAUGCAUCCGCAACCACAAACUCAUAUGGGUACAACGACGCCGAGAGACGCGUAGAAGUGAAUACACGCAGGCAAUUACAAGCACUUGCUACCGAGAAGCCUAUUGGACCAGUGACACGGCAUGAGGGGUCACAGGCUGAGCUAAAAAACAAGGCACAGACUGAGCUAAAACCCCAGCCACAGGCUGAGCGAAAAAACCAGCCACAGUCACUAGCAUCCACUGAUACGAAGCUGGGUAAGGAUGAGGUAUCAAACCUGAAUACCGGUUCUGCCGAGUGCAGCCCACCAUCGCUCACACAAACGAGCGCACAAACACGUACGAACACGUCUACACACGGACCUGAGCACCCCCACUCCCAUUCGCACUCCGCCAUACGUGAAGCUACCAAGGAAUCCACUCCGGGAAGUGAUAAUGGCACCGCCAUGCACAAACCUACUACCACCACGAAACCAGUACACGCGCCGCCCCCAAAGCCGCCAGCAUACAAACGCAGACCCAAAGCAUCGAGCGAAUCCAAGACGGGCACGGGCGAAGUACCGAAGAUCGUGCCAGAUAGUGUGCUUCCAGCCGAAGCUCGUGUGGAUGCUGAGGAUCGGUUGAAGGGAUUGCAGAGAAGUGUGACGCAGCCGAAUAUGCGCACAGGGAUGGGGUGGGCUGAUGGGGGUGGCCGGUUGGAUAGGCCUGCAGAGAGAGAGGGGGGGAGAGAUACAGGCAGCACAGGUAUUGGACAUGGGGAGAAACUGAUGGAAAAUAGAGGCGAGUUAAUGAGCCGAAACGAUAUAGACUCAGUGCGGGGCAGCAGCGGGCAUCUAGCACCCAUAGGGACUGGCGAAUGGGUGCAGGGAAGCAGUGGCAAAUUAACGGACACAGCACGUGCGGUCAAGGAGGGAGUUAGUAUUAGUACCGAAUUAACGGGUGAGAAGUGUGAGACAGAUAGAAAUAGAUUAACGGGUAGGAAGAGUGCGGCAGAAUUAGACAGAGACGGGGAGCCGGCGGGAGAGGAGGGUAGUAACGGUUUAGCAACCGAUGACGCCCCGAACGCUGGAAACGGAAACAGUACGCAAGUGGUAGCAGAUAAAAUUGUGGAGGAUAAGUCUUCACCUGGGGACUCUCGAGUCAGUGACCGAUCUCCUGGGGACUCUCGAGUCAGUGACCGAUCUCCGUAUGUGUCUCGCAAGCGGGGACGUGCUCACAUGCACACGCAGCCGUCUGUAGCCCCGCCUAGUUUCCCCAUUCGACCGACAGAAACAGAUUGCGGUAGCGACACGUGUGUUGCGGCUGCGGAAAGUGAGACUUCGGAAGGUGAGAAUGCGGGAAUUGAAUAA